GAGGAAGAGACAAUCCGAGGACUACCACACACCACUGGACGACCACACUCUUAGAAAACCACAAGAUGUCAGGACCAAAACAGACACUGACGGGUGAGUAUCCUGCAACCGUGUGUGUCUGUGCGCUACACUGCUUUUCUCUAGCACUAACACGCCUGACGAAACUACGAAACUAACCAACAAGCCCUUCAUCCGGUCACCCGGGUACGUUAGUGCUGGGAUAGAGCAAAAAAUAUGUAGCACCCCUUGGGGAUCCCUCAGAGAAUUGAGACAACCCAGCCAGAGCUGUAUAUUGUAUUUGAUGGAUUUAUCUAUAGAGAUAUACUGUAGGUAGGCUAUACAUAAUUUUACUGUAUGGCUUUGAACAUACACAAUGUAGUAGGUUCACACCCACAGGAGGCUGCUGAGGGAGGAAGGCUCAUAAUAAUGACCUGGAACGGAGCAAAUGGAAUGGCAUCAAACACCUGGAAAUCAUGUGUUUGAUGUAUUUGAUACCGUUCCACCGAUUCCGCUCCAGCCAUUACCACGAGCCCGUCCUCCCCAAUUAAGGUGCCACAAAAAAAGCAGCUUUUUGCAACCUGACCCUCUGCCAACACUUUACAAAAGCAACCUUCCGUCUAGCUUAAUCACUAUCUGACAAGUGUCUGGACAGGCUCGUGCUUUCACCUGUCCAAUCACGUCAGAUCAGGAAGUACUGAGAGAAUUCGAUUUUGAGAAUGUCUGUUGUUAGAAGAACUUUAGAACAGUGUUCUAGAAGCGAUGAUAUGGAAUGAGAUCAGUUAAAGGUGUGUGGACAACCAAUAAUCUUAUUCUCCCGAGUGGCGCGGUGGUCUAAGGCACUGCAUCGCAGUGCUAGCUCUGCCACUAGAGAUCCUGGUUCGAAUCCAGGCUCUGUCGUAGCCGGCCGCGACCGGGAGACCCAUGGGGCGGCGCACAAUUGGCCCAGCGUCGUCCAGGGUAGGGGAGGGAAUGGCCGGCAGGGAUGUAGCUCAGUUGGUAGAGCUUGGCGUUUGCAACGCCAGGGUUGUGGGUUUGAUUCCCAUGGGGGGCCAGUAUGAAAAAUACAAAUAAUGUAUGCACUCACUAACUGUAAGAGCGUCUGCUAAAUGACUAAAAAACGUAAAUGUAAAAUGACCGCCAUCCCUCCAUUCCACAGCCUUCUCCACCUCUCUGGCUGCAGUGCUGCUCCUCCUCCUCUCCACAGGGACCCAGUCAGCAGAACCUUCAGACAACCUUCAACCAACACAGUGGACACUCAGCCUGGACCUUGCCGAACCCACAAACACCAUGCUACCUGUAAAUGGUGAGUUUAAACUAUUCCUAACAGCUACUCUAAGAGGACUGCGUUUACACAGGCAUCCCAAUUCUGAUCUUUUGCCCAAUUAUUGGCAAACGAUCUGAUCUGAAUGGUCAAAAGACUUCCUGGGAAAAAAGGUAUCCUAAUCCUGAAUAAACUGGAAGGCCCUCUUUUGUUGUUUGUUGGAAAUGGUUGCUACAGGUUUUUUUUAUACCAUCACAUCAAAAGAGAGCCUUCCAGUUUGUUCAGGAUUCAGAUACCUGUUUCCAAAGAUCACCUGCCCCUGGCUGCGCCCCCCACGCCCCACCUUGGCUAGACUGAAUGUAAGGGUUAAGGGCUUUAGAUUAAAGCUUCUGCUACAUGAACCGUGCGUGUGUGUGUCUGUGUGUGUGUGUGUGUGUCUGUGUGUGUGUGUGUCUGUGUGUGUUUUACGCUACUGCUUUUUUUUGUAGUAGGGACGAUAAAGAUAUUGUCUGAUUGACUGAUUGCAGGUAGUGACAUGGAGGAGCCUCGCGUUCUGAGGAUGUCAAGACCCUGUAAAGAUGAAGAUGCUGACUACUGCCUGAACGGACAGUGCAUGUACCCCCUUGACAGCGAUACCCCUGCCUGCACGUAAGAGAUCACACAGACACACACAUACACACACACACACACACCACACACACAAUUAACUAAAAACGACCUGAACUCUGUCUCUCUGUGUGUAGGUGUGACUCGUCCUAUGGCGGACCUCGCUGUGGUCUGUUGGUCCACCAGGCAACGCUGUGCAAGUCAGCCACAAUAGAGGAGGUGAUUGGCAUCUGUGUGGGCGUGGCCUUGCUUGUCUGCUGCCUUGCUGCCAUUCUCUACUGCUGCAUCAAGAGAAGGUACACACGCUCACACACACUCACACACAACACACUCACACACUCACACACAUGCACACGCACACACACACACACACCGAUGCACCGCCUGUCAGGGGCUAGAGAAACAUGGGAAGAGAGAGAGAAACAUGGGAAGAGAGAGAGAAACAUGGGAAGAGAGAGAGAAACAUGGGAAGAGAGAGAGAAACAUGGGAAGAGAGAGAGAAACAUGGAAGAGAGAGAGAAACAGGGGAAGAGAGAGAAAACAUGGGAAGAGAGAGAGAAACAUGGGAAGAGAGAGAGAAACAUGGGAAGAGAGAGAGAAACAUGGGAAGAGAGAGAGAAACAUGGGAAGAGAGAGAGAAACAUGGGAAGAGAGAGAGAAACAUGGGAAGAGAGAGAGAAACAUGGGAAGAGAGAGAGAAACAUGGGAAGAGAGAGAAAGAGGAAACGAAGGAGAAAGAAAAACAGGGUCGUGUUGAGCGUUGUGACAGUUUCAACAGGGUCGUGUUGAGCGUUGUGACAGUUUCAACAGGGUCGUGUUGAGCGUUGUGACAGUUUCAACAGGGUCGUGUUGAGCAUUGUGACAGUUUCAACAGGGUCGUGUUGAGCAUUGAAAUGUAAUGAGUAGAGAUGACAUAAUUCCUUACUCUAUCAGAGGAGAUAGAAGCAGAGCAAGUUGGGUGGCAGGUAGCCUAGCGGUUAGAGCAAUGGGUUUGUAUCCCUGCAUUUAGCCUCUUACAUAAAAUAUGUGCAAGAUGGAAUAAGAUGGUUUCUAUAGUUUGUCUAACUUUUGAUAAUUUUCUGUCUCUUUUUUUGGUCUCUUCCUCCUCUGCUGUACCUCUCUCUCUUUCUAGGUGUGA